AUGAAGAUGCCGUUGCUAAGUCUGGGGCUGACCCUAGUCUGUGUCUGCACAGGAAAAACUGGUGUCUCAAGAAGGAACUUUGAUUCAAAAAAGGUAGAGUCAGAAUGGUAUUCCAUUGGCUUGGCCUCUGACCACAGGGAAAAGAUAGAGGAAGGUGGCAACAUGGGAUUUUUUGUGGAACACAUCAAUGCUUUGGAGAACUCUUCCUUAGCCUUCAAAUUCCAUACCACUAUAAACAGGAAGUGUGCUGAACUAUUCUUAGUUUGUGACAAAACAGAAAAGGAUGCUCAAUAUUAUGUUAACUAUGAUGGACAUAAUACAUUUACUAUACUUGAAACAAACUAUGAUGGAUAUGUUAUAUUCCAUCUCAUUAAUGUCAACAAUGGGAAAACAUUCCAGCUGAUGGUUUCUUGCCUGGACCAAUUAGCAUCCAUUUUUCCAUCCUUAUGGAGCCCUGUCCUCUCAUUCAUCUUGAUGGCCAAUACACAAAACACAGCAGUUAGUGUCACUGUUACCCUUUCCACAGGCAGUGAAACAGACCUUAAUGUAAGCAUCAAGCAGGAGUUUGGACAGUUAUGCCAGCAACACGGAAUUACUAAGGAAAAUAUAUUUGACAUGACCAAAGCUGAUCGCUGUCUCCAGGCCCAAGACGGAGCAUAG